AUGAGCCAGCUAUUAACAACACAAAGGCUUCUUCAACUGGCCUCCUUCAACCCACAAUUAAAGAACACAUGGUAUCUUAUAGCAGCUGCCACCUUCAGUGUUUGCAACCAACCGCAAGAGAUACCGAGAUUAUAUCAUUACGCAAUGCAACUGAAUGGCUUGCAGGACAAAGAUGGUUCUAUCGCAAAGCGAACAAUCGAUAUGCUCCAAAGUGAAUCGCAUAGCUCACAGAGAAGUUUAAAUGAGGUAUACUCUGAUGUUACUCAAUAUCAAAAGGAGUUGACCAAGAAGUUUCGGGAGGCUCUGCUUAAGAGUAGUGCUCUGGCUGGAUUGCCAAAGGCCAUCAACAGUUUACGUUACUUGAAUGAAGCAACGCCUGAGAAACUGCUAGCUUCGGAUCCUAACUAUAAGGUUGAUAUACAUGGACAAGAUCUCUUUAAAGGUACUGAGAGGGAUCCUAAAGAGACGAAGACAGAUACUUUAAAGAGAGGACUCGAUCAUUGGACCCAUAUCUACAAUAAAGUAACGGAAAAAGUUAUCAAUAAUCUCAACUCCACUUAUCCAGAUCUGUGGUUUUACACACUCUGUCAUGUAUACGGGCCUCUAUUAUCCUUUGAUGAUAUUUUGGAUGCAAAGGAAACAAGUUUAGUGAUCAUUGCAUCCCUGGUGCCACAAGAUGUCAACCCGCAGCUUUGGGGGCAUAUGAAAGGAGCCUUAAACGUCGGAUAUGACAAGGAGGUUGUCAAUACUGCUAGAAAUAUGAGCAUCUUGGUUGCACAAUGGUGUGGGGUCACAUGGAGAUCUGACAUUGUGAAAUUAUAA